UUGUGUUACAGAAAAUUUAGCAAUUUGGAAAGAGAACAUGAACAAUUAAAACGCGAAUAUACAUAUUUGCUGCAAAGUUGUAUCCAAAUACCGCUCAGUGAUCAGUUUUGUGUUGAUGCUGUUCAAGUAAAACUUUCUGGUGGCAAUGUGCACAAAACUCGUGUAUUGAAACUGUUGGAUGAAGCCCGACUUGUUGAUCCAACUCUACCAACGUUAGAAAGUAUUGUCACUUUGGGUAAUUACGUGGAUGCAUAUGGUUUUCGGCAUAAUUUUGACAACGAAGGAAUCGCUUUACAUUACAUCUGUACACUGUUGCAAGCACAUUAUAAGCAAAAAUCCUUGGAUUAUAGCACAAAUUUAGCAACAUGGAACAACUAUCUGCAGAAAUGUAAAAAUCGUAUACAGAAUAAUAAAGAAACACAGCGUUUAGUUCGAGCUGGAAUACCAAACGAAGUACGACGUGAUGUAUGGAAACUGUUGAUUAACCAACAAGUUUAUGAUUUAAAAGAUCGUUAUGGCAAAUAUUACUAUCAAAAUUUGUGUAACAACAAAGGAACGAAAGCUGAAAAUUUGUAUUAUACCAAACAUCAAAAGCAAAUAACGUUGGAUCUGUUACGUACUAUGCCAAAUAAUGUCCAUUUUACAUCACCAAACUGCAAAGGGAUUUUACAGUUAGAACAAGUAUUACGAGCCUAUUGCUUACAUAAUCCAACAAUUGGUUACUGCCAAGGAAUGAACUUUAUUGCUGCAACAGCAAUGCUCCUGUUAGGUGCUGAAGAAACUUUUUGGUUUUUGGUUGCCCUUACCGAACGUUAUUUUGACAAAAGUUAUUUUGAUCAGACAUUAACUGGAGCACAAGCUGAUCAAGAAGUGUUAAAAAAAUUAUUGGGUAUAAGAUUACCACGUCUUAGUGCCCACUUAGACGCUUUUGACAUCGAUCUAACAACAAUGACACUAAACUGGUUUAUAGCCUUAUACUUUGAUGCUGUACCUUUUCAGGUAAAUUUUUUGUUUUCUUGUUUAAAUAAUCAUGUUUUUUUUCAAAAUUUUUUGUUUGUUUUAUUUCGUUUUUCUUGUUAG